GCGGGAGGCGAGGCGCUUGCGCGAUGUCCGGGCCCUGAGCCCGCGGCAUUGAGCCAGCCGGGACGGACAUGCGCGGCAGGGCGCCGUGGGGCAGCCGCGCUCCGCCGGGGGAAUGAAAGCUACUGGUUGACGAAAAAUCCUUGGGCUUCUCAAAUUUGGAGUCAUCCCAGAAUAAGGCACAAUGUCAACAGCAGGAGUGGCUGCUCAGGAGAUUAGAGCCCCAUUAAAAACUGGAUUUCUACAUAAUGGCCGAGCCAUGGGGACUAUGAAGACCUGCUGGGGCAGUCGCAGUGAGUUUGAAAAUAAUUUUUUAAAUAUCGAUCCAAUAACCAUGGCCUACCGUCUGAACUCCACUGCGCAGGAGCAUCUAACACCUCUUGGGCACACUUCAAAAUCUGCACCAGUGAAUGGGCACUACUUUGUAGAAAAUGGUCCAUCUCAAAAGUCCAGCUUGCCUCCUCUUAUUAUUCCUCCAAAUGAAAACUUGGGACAACAUGAAGAGGAUCAAGUUGUGUGUGGUUUUAAGAAACUGUCAGUAAAUGGGGUUUGUGCUUCUACUCCUCCACUUACACCCAUAAAAAACUCACCUUCCCUUUUCCCCUGUGGAGCUCUUUGUGAACGGGGUUCUAGGCCCCUUCCACCACUGCCAAUCUCUGAAGACCUCUCUCUGGAUGAGACAGACUGUGAGGUAGAAUUCCUAACUAGCUCCGAUACAGACUUCCUUCUAGAAGACUCAACACUUUCUGACUUCAAAUACGGCAUUCCGGGCAGGCGAAGCUUCCGCGGGUGUGGACAGAUCAAUUACGCGUAUUUUGACACCCCAGCCGUUUCAGCAGCUGAAGAUCUCAACCACGCAUCUGACCAAAACGGAUGUGUCCAAAAUUCAAAUCCUCCUCCGUCUCAGAGCCACCGAAGACUAAGAAGAUCUCAUUCAGGACCAGCUGGAUCUUUUAACAAGCCAGCCAUAAGGAUAUCCAGUUAUUUACAGAGAGCUUCUCCUAACUCUGACGAAGAUAAACCUGAGGUUCCCCCCAGGGUUCCCAUACCUCCUAGGCCAGUAAAGCCAGAUUAUAGAAGGUGGUCAGCAGAAGUUACUUCCAGUACCUACAGUGAUGAAGACAGGCCUCCCAAAGUACCACCAAGAGAACCUUUAUCUCGGAGUAACUCCCGCACACCAAGUCCUAAAAGCCUUCCGUCUUACCUCAAUGGGGUCAUGCCCCCUACACAGAGCUUUGCUCCUGACCCCAAGUACGUCAGUAGCAAAGCUCUACAAAGACAGAACAGUGAAGGAUCUGCCAAUAAGGUUCCUUGCAUUCUGCCCAUUAUUGAAAAUGGGAAGAAGGUUAGUUCAACACAUUAUUACCUACUACCUGAGAGACCACCAUACCUGGACAAAUAUGAAAAAUUUUUUAGGGAAGCAGAAGAAACCAACACAAGCAACCAAAUCCAGUCCUUAUCUGCUGACUGCAGUAUCGUUUCAGCCACAGAAAAGCUGGACUCAAACACAAAGACAGACAUAGGUGGCCAUGUGAAGCGCAAACAUUUAUCCUAUGUGGUUUCUCCUUAG